UAAAACUUAUUGUCAAACGAAUCUGUUAACUAUUAAACGAUAAAGAUAAUUUUUUGUUUAUCCUCUGUAACUAAUCUCUGUUUUGAUUUUUUUCAUUUAACCAGUCAGAACAAUGUUACUGGUUCGAACAGCGACGGUCGCUCUUCUUGUAAUCGCGUUUCUUGAAAACGCUGCGGCUCAGAAAAGACAGCAAAGUAUUGUUAAGUAUCACGGUGCGGUUGCUACAGACGAUGGACGGUGUUCUAAAAUCGGGUUGAGAGUUCUACGUCAAGGAGGAAACGCGGUUGAUGCUGCAGUCGCUGCUGCUCUCUGUUUGGGCGUUGUAAGUCCAGCUUCUAGCGGUAUAGGCGGUGGAGCCUUUAUGCUGGUCAAGAUAGCUGGAAAGGAGGUAGCCUAUGAUUCCAGAGAAACCGCUCCGAUCCUCGCAAGUGAGAAUAUGUAUGAUGGUAAUGUCAAGAUUAAGAGUCAAGGAGCCUUAUCAGUAGGCGUCCCUGGGGAAGUAGCGGGUCUAUUUGCUGCUUGGAAACAGCACGGGAAGCUACCGUGGAAGCAACUAGUGUUCCCUGCAGAGAAACUUGCAGCUCAAGGGUUCAGGAUUUCAAAGUAUCUUUAUAUGCAGAUGAACGCGACCAGGGUUAGUAUCUUAGCAGAUAAAGGCCUCUCGAAGCUAUUAGUGUCACAUGGAGAGCUCAAGAAACCAGGCACAAUUUGCCGUAACCAAAAAUUGGCCUUAACGCUGAGGCAAAUUGCAGAGUAUGGUCCAAAAGCAUUUUACAAUGGCACUGUUGGGGUUGACCUUGUGGGAGAUAUCCUUAAAUCCGGAGGAAUAAUAACUUUGAAAGAUCUGCAAAGCUAUAGAGUUAAGGUUAAAAAACCGUUGUCAGUAGACAUUCUCGGAUACCGACUACUAGGUAUGCCUCCUCCUUCAUCCGGUGGUGCUGCAAUGAUGCUUGUUUUGAACAUUCUUUCUCAAUAUGGGAUUCCAUCAGGUGUUUCGGGCUCUCUGGGGGUUCAUCGACUUGUGGAGGCUCUGAAACACGCUUUUGCAGUUAGAAUGAACCUUGGGGAUCCGGAUUUUGUCGAUGUCUCUAAGGUUAUUUCUGAUAUGUUGUCUACAAAGUUUGCACAAGGCUUGAAGAAAAAGAUAAACGACAACAAAACCUUUGAUCCAAAAUAUUACGGUGGCAGGUGGAAUCAGAUCGACGACCACGGGACAAGCCAUUUAUCGAUCAUAGAUCGCGAGAGGAAUGCUGUUUCGAUGACUAGUACUAUAAACGAUUACUUUGGGGCAGUGAUGCUAUCUCCGAGCACCGGAAUUGUUCUGAACAACGAAAUGGAUGAUUUCUCUAUCCCGAUGAAAUCCAAAGGUAACCUAAAUGUGCCACCACCGGCACCGGCUAACUUCAUCCGUCCCGGAAAACGACCUUUGUCUUCUAUGACACCCACCAUUGUACUCAAGGAUGGUAAAGUGAAAGCCGCCGUAGGAGCGAGCGGAGGAGUAAACAUCAUCGCCGGGACAAUGGAAGUUUAUUUGAAUUAUUUUUUCCUCAACAUGGAUCCUCUUUCUUCCGUCUUGGCUCCAAGAAUCUACCAUCAGCUGAUACCAAACAUAGUUUCGUAUGAAAAUUGGACAACAGUGUUCAAUGAUCAUUUCGAGGUUCCGAAAGAGACAAGAGUUGUCUUGGAGAAGAAAGGUCAUGUCCUAACGCCGAUCCCUGGAGGGACAAUUGUUCAGUUCAUAGUUCAAGAAUCCGGCGCAAAUUCCAGUGGAAUUAGUGAGCUUGUGGCGGUAAGUGAUCCAAGAAAAGGGGGGUUCCCUUCAGGAUAUUGAGAUUAAACGUCAAAGUUUACAAUUAGUGUCGUAUACGUACUAUCUUUUGAUUUCAUCUAAAUUGCUGGAACGUUACAUGUUAUGAGAGACUCGCUUCUUUUAAGCUUUAAAUGCCAAAUUCUCCAAUCAAAUUUUAUCAUUUUA